AUGAAGCCCUCAGAAGUACACUGGGCAGACCCAAUCUUUCAACCACAGAGAAGACUCAAGGUCAUUUGUAUUGGCGCAGGAGCAUCUGGCCUCUUGAUCGCCUACAAACUCCAAAGGCAUUUUGCAGACUUUGAUCUCACCGUAUACGAAAAGAACGAGGAUGUGAGCGGCACAUGGUUCGAGAACAAAUGUGCUUGCGACAUUCCUAGCCACAACUAUACCUACUCGUUCGAACCUAAAGCCGAUUGGAGUGCAACUUAUGCGUCGUCUGAAGAGAUCCAUGGCUACUUCAAGCAGUUCGCGGUCAAAUACGGGUUGAAGAAGUAUAUACAGCUGCAGCACACUGUGACUGGCGCUCGAUGGGGUGAGAAAGAAGCCAUGUGGCAUGUCACUGUCUUGAACACAGUCACUCAAGAGAUUCUCGAGGACACUUGUCAUGUCCUAAUCAACGCUGCCGGUUACCUCAACACCUGGAAAUGGCCUUCGAUACCCGGUUUGCAAGAUUACAAUGGAAAAUCCUUGCACAGCGCAUCCUGGGAUCCCUCUAUCAGUUUGCAAGAUCAGGUUGUCGGUGUUAUUGGCAAUGGGUAA